AUGAAAUUGAAGGGUCACGUGGUUCAUAUUCCAAUGUCAUCCGAGACCGCCCUGAGUCUCGAUGAAUUAGAAAAAACAGUUGCCGAGUUCAACCAGCUUGGCGGCUUCAAAAUGGGCUCAGCUGCCGGAAUUUUAGGCCGAAAACUUCAAUCAUUAUUUAUAAAAAAUAUCAGGAUGAUGCGCGGAUGUUUUUUAAUGGAGCUUUUUGCUCUCGAUAACUCGAAAUUAUUUAGCUCGACAAAAGUACCAGGUAUUUUCCACAAUAUAUAUAAUCAGCCUCCAAGAGCCACCUCUCGAUACCCACAGAUAUUUAUUCAAACUCUCGCAUUCCAGAUACACACAAUUUACGAAAAACCGCUUGAAUUAGCUAAAGCGAUUUCCACAUUUUUCGUCAAAGAUAAAACUGGCCAAAACUACUUUGCAUAUUCCACAUUUCCUGCCAUUUUCUCUUAUUUCCUUGGUCAGGAAUUCUCUAGAUCGGCUUCUCUUUUCUUAAUUGGCCUUAUUUACGAAACAAAAGAUGUCAAUUUUAUAGAAAAUCUUAUAGAGUCAUAUUUCAAGGCUGUUCCCAUUUUCUAUACAAGACUUUGGGCUGCUUUGACCGAUGCUUAUGUAAAUUUCCCUCGUGAAUACGAUAAUGAUUAUAUUUUCAACGUUUUCACGAAUUGUUUGUCAAGUUCGCUCUGCCAUUUGACUGAAUUCCACGUUAAUGUCUUCGCUUCCUACGCCGUAACAUACCCAACCCGUGUUUCUUCAUUUUUGAUCGAUAAACUAUUUACAAACAGAUUUAACGUUGCUGCAAAUGCUUCGAAAUACAUUCCCCAUCCUUCCUUCAACAAGGCCAUGACAUCAUUCUUCUCGUGGCUCAGAAAAUCUGAUCAAAAAAUGAAAGUUCAACGAUUGAUCAACAUUAUCAGAGACCACAAACGCUUCCUUGAUGUCAUUCCAUCGAUGAAUUGCUCGAUUUGGUCGCACGGAAUCCCUUUCAUUUUAUGUGAUUUCGAUCUUUCGAUUUUAACAGACAUUUUGAAAUCAUCACCGAUCUUUAAGUAUACGCCGCAAUCAGAUCUUAACAUUACUCACGGUUUCGAUGCUUAUCUCAUGGAAAUUUUCCCUAGUUUUGACUUCGACAACGAUGAACAGAUUUGCCAGUCUCUUUUCAACAAAUAUCCACCGAAUAUAAAGAUCGAAGAUAACGAAAACUACAGCAGACUCUACAGAGCCGUUCAAAUGGAAGCCAAGAAAAAUUCUAUCGAUGUAUACAUGCUAAUCAACGACCAGAGGUACAAAUUUAGUCUUCUGAACGAGACCUCCUUCAGAUCUUACUGCCUUAAGAGCAUUUUAAACGAAUAUUUAACGAAUUACAAUACUCUUGAAACGAGUUUCCUUCUGGCAGAGCACGAAUCGAGACAGAGAGAUCUAAAGUCGGCCAUUGAUGACUACAUGCAGACUCUUUUCUUCAGAUUCGCUGGAAAUUAUCUCAGAAGGAAAGUUCUCAAGAACAGACACAGAAUUGAUGAUUCGCUUUCAACAGCAAUGUCGAAGAUGGUUGCAGGCGACCAGAUUUCCUCCCACAACUACUUCGCUAUCGGUUGCACAGCACUCGAUUCUGUGAACAUUACGAUCAAUUCAAAAUUUGAGGGGCCGAGGAAGUUCCUCGCCCUGUCGAAUGAUUGGCUCGAACGGAUAUGGCCGAACCACCCAUGCCAAGAGUACGUGAAGGAUAGGAUGGUCCGCAUCCUGAACCUCGCUACAAGGCUCACACAGCUUGGCGAGCUCAAAUACGGAAAACGUCUCGUUCUUAUUUUAGAUUUCGUCACAAGUUUGAUCAGUUUAUGCGACAAACAGCCUAAGAAGUACCUUUUACCUAUGAUACACAUAUCCAUGAUGAACGCAAACGCUGGAGACAUCUUAAUUACGUUCUUAUUCCUACAUCACAACUUGUUCUCAUCAUCAGUACUCACAAGCAAGUGGGGACGAGGUGUUGUUGAUACAUGGAACAUGUUUGCUAUGGCAAUUUGGGAUAUAAUGAAAGAUGACACUGAUUUACUUACGAAAUGUAACAGUACAGAGUUUGUUUGUUCCAUCUAUAAGGUUAAUUGA